AUGCCCAAGCCGCCUGAUGGCGCCGUUGUUAGGAUCGAUGUCAAAUGCAACCCCCGGCAUGAGAAUGAGGUCGAGCAGAGUGCUCUGCGAGUGCUGGGCGUCCGGGCCACCAAAGACUCUCUGUCUCUCGUGUACGGUGGCUGGGUUGAUGCUUGGGAUGCCCCAUCUGUCUGGCGUCAGGCCUUCAUAAUCUGCCAAGUCUUUAAGACGCACCAUAUCCAUGACCCGCACGGGAAGAGCUGGAGAUGUGGCUGGGUUUUUAUGAAGUUACGGGUCGGCAACCUACUCUGUGAGAGAACAGACUCGGGAGUCAUGGCCUGGAGCUUGUGCUUCAUAGCCGUCCGAAGUUGUUGCUUGGCGGCGUUGAGGGACGCCAUCGCAAAUUCAUCUGUUACUGCGCCUUCGGGCAUUGAAGUCAAUGCUUAA